UAAAUAAUCUCGAUUGAAAACUCUUUUUUUUUUAGAACUGAUUUUGUGUUUCCUUCCCCCUCACCCCCGAUUAGCACGGUUGGCUACGUACGGCGCGAAAGAGGUUAAACAUACAUAUAUACUACUGUCACUUGUUACUCCUGCCGAAUUUUUUUUUAUUACUGCUGUUGCUGUCUGUUACUGCUGCUCCGUAUGUCAUUGUUGCUCCUCGUGUUGCUGCUGCUACUACUGCUACUUUUGUUGCCACUGCUGGAACCCUUGCCUGGUAGAGGUGGUAGUGCACUAGAUUGAGGCAAGGGUUAAGGUCAGGCCAAGUUGAGUUCAAUUUUGGUUGAGGUAAAUUUUAGGUCAUGUCAGGUCGCGAUCAGACCGUGUCAUGGUUCGGAUCAAGGGCAGGUCAAAGUAAAAUUUAGAUUAAAGUUGAAACAUCGUUGGUGAAAUGUUCACUUUUAACGUUUAACAGUGGACACGUCUAAGGUCAAACGUGAAGGGUUGAGAUGUCACGCGGUGUAGAGUUAAAUAAGUAAGAUAGAGUUGGACGAUGAACAUUUAAAGUUCAAUGGAAAGGAGCGAGAAUUUACAUUUGAAGUGAAAUGUGAAUGGUUGAGUGUGAAACGUUAAGUGCGGUAUGGUCUAAGGCGGAGAGUUAAGAGGUUAAGGGUGAAAAUUUAAAUGGUAGAAGGUCUGAGGUGAAGGUUGAAAGGUUAUUGAUAACAUAUUAAAGUGAACGUUAAGUGUGAAAGGUAUAAGGUGAAACGUUAAAGAUGAAAUGUUAAAGUUACAGCAAUGUUUAGGUUUGAAUGAUAUAGUUUUUACUUUAAAAAGUUAAAAUGUUAAGGGUGUAAAGGUUAGCGUGGGUGAAGGGUGAAGUUCAAAUCCUGCUCGGAGUUCAAAGUUAUCAGUCAGAGGUCAAGGCAGGAGGAGGUUUUUGAGGUCAUGACCCUGGCAGUGCAGUGCUCACUGAGCCAGGAUGGCCGCUUCAACUGCUCCGCGCCGUCGCUGGGCCCCGAGGAGAGCCGGGCGCUGGCUUUUCUCUGCUUCUCUCUCGCCGCCCUCACGGUCAUGGGCAACCUCCUCGUGGUGGCCUCCAUCGCCUUAUUCAGACAACUCCAGACGCGCACCAACGCCUUCACGCUGUCUCUGGCCGUGGCGGACCUUCUGGUCGGACUCCUGGUCAUGCCGUUCAGCGCCACGCGCUCGCUGUACGGCUGCUGGUUCUUCGGGCGAACCUUCUGCAAGGUGCACACGUGCCUCGACGUCCUCUUGAGCACGGCCUCCAUCGCACACCUGGGCGCCAUCGCCUUCGACCGCCAUACGGCCAUCUGCGACCCCCUGCGCUACGACCAGCGCCUCACAGCCGGUCGCGUGGCCGCCCUGGUGGCAAUCUGCUGGGUGGGUUCGGCCCUGCUGGCCGUGGGCCCCAUCCUGCUCGGGUGGAACACGGUGGGCAUCGAGGAACUGGUGGCCUCAUCCUGCCCAGACGCCUGUGUCCUCUUAAUGAACGCCCCCUUCGCCAUUGCCGCUGCCACCUACUGCUUCUUCGUACCGAGCUUCGUCAUGGUGGUCACGUAUAUGCGCAUCUACCGGGUGGCACUGCGCCAGGCGCGGGCAGUUCGCAACGUCGUCCCAGUGUCGUCCGUAGCAUGGGAACAUUGCGACAUCAACUCAAGACCGGAAAAGAGAACGGACCAGAGACGGGAUCGUAGUGCCACCAAAACCUUGGGAAUAAUCAUGGGGGCCUUUGUCACCUGCUGGUUGCCCUACUUCUCACUCACCCUGCUCGACCCAUUCACGGGGUUCUUGGCUGAACCCUGGGUGUGGGAGUCGACUGCGUGGCUCGCGUAUAUGAAUUCAGCGCUCAAUCCCAUCCUCUACCCAGCUUUCAACCAGGCCUUCCGUCAGGCCUUCCGCCUGGUGUUCACAUGUGCAUGGCGUUUGCGGAACGUGAGGCGCGCCAACCUCGCCUAGUGAAGGAUGGGGCGUGCUUCACCAUAACUUCCUUCUAUGCAAUAUUGACAUCUGACCGUCUGUCAAGAUAUUACUCUAACAAUGUGACCACUCCCACGUCCGUUCGGUUCAAGUAUAGAUUAUUCUUUUGGUGAACAGACAAUGCGUCGCGUUUAUAAAAAUUUGGUAUUGGACCGAUCUCACCACCACCUUCCGCUUCGUCGCCGACCUCUGGGUGCCACCCCUUUGUUUCGGUAACUCGGUCGUCUUUAGCAGAGACCACUGUGAUACCUGCAAUGGGUAGCUACUCAGGUCGCAAGCCCUCGACGUUUCUAGCCCCUCCCGCUUCGACCAUUUCACCCCCACAGUCCGGGGUAUGAAGCAGAUAGUCAAGUAGGACCUGGUUGUUAAGGCAGGGAGUGGGGAGAAGUAAGGAGAGAGUGUUUUAGAAAAGGGGCAGGGCUUGGGUUUGGUGGCAGCACCUUGCCCGGAAAUCACGUGCUGCUCCCCGGGCUGGAAGAACCUGCACCUGGAAAAAUUGUUUAAGUUAAAAUACUCACCAAGUGAGGUUGUUCCGUCUAGAUAGCUGGAAAAGAUAGUGAGGGGGCUGAUACUCACCACCAACCAAGAAGAAGGCUGAGCAUUUAGCCGAGCCUCCCAGGAUACCAUUGACGGUGCUGUGGCAAGGCCUGUUUCCCACGUGGUUGCCUGGGCACCCUCCCUGCGAGACGUCUCCUCAAGGACGGCUGCCCCUGGGCUAUCGGCCCUGCACCGCUCAACGCAGUCCACACUCAGUGUGCAUGGGAAGCAUAACAGUUUUGGAAUUUUAAGUUCUACAUUAUUUCGUGGAGUUUCAGCCGAGGCAUCUAAAUAGGGAAUUUUUUAUUGGCCACAGUGAUGUCUGAGUGAUUUCUAUUUUUUAUGGACGUGGCAUUUAGCGUGUUAUUGUUUAACAACUAUUAACAACUAAUGGUUGAAUUUCUAUUCAUAUUUUAACAAAUCAAAUAUGUAAGAUUAAUGCUAUGAGAUGUCUUCCCUAAGGAUUUUGAAGAGAGGGAGAUCUGUAUCGGGGGGACAAUCGUGACGCCAGCACGUCAACAUUACAGGUUUGAUUUAUAGGUACACUUAUUUGUUAAUAGUUUGAUAAGUGUGAUAGUGUGCAAAUAUAAUAGUAUCAAAUAGUUAUUGAUAUAAUUUGCAGUGUUAAUAUUGUUAAAUGUUGGGCCGCCAUUAUUUAAGUCUAUUUACUUAGUUGGAACCUGACUCUUGCUUUGAGUUAUACUUAGUUACGUGUAGCACAAUGGAUUGUGCUAAGUCCUCCACCCCUAUUUUAGAAUGUGUGCGAGACAAUACAGUGAAACCCCUAGGUCUGGGCGGGGGGAGUUCAUUUUGCUCAAGAGGCAUCACAACUAGAGGAUUUUGAGACCGGUCCUGGCCAAGACAAAGGCAGGGUGGGGGGGGGGGGCACCCUCUAUAAAGGCAGCCCAGGUGAAUACCACUGGGUGCGGCAGGAGGAGCAGAAGCAGUGUGGGCACGAUCAACACAAGCAGCAGUACCACCAUUGCCAGCGCGAGUAGAAGCAGCAGUACCAGCCGUGCCAGCACUGGUACGAGCAGCAGCAGCGGAACCCGGCAGCAGCAGCACUACCAGCGCCAGCACCGGCAGCGCAGGUGCGAUCAGCAGGAGCAGAACUGGCAGCGGCAGUGGCGCUGGCAGCGCCAGCACAGGCGGAAGCACCAAAAGAAGCGUGUGCCCCUGUGUGUGCAGAGCCUGUAAUUGUCUGCGCUAAUAAACCCGGUUUUGAAGUCGCCGCAACAAAGUGCUCCCUCUCUACCGUGCAGGGAGCGAAGAAAUAAAUAAAUCUGUAGCCACCAGUCUGAAACCGAACUCAACAUUCUGGAAGUGCAACAUAUGUAUUGCUUAAUUGAUAAAUAAUUAAAUAUUGACUUAAAGCUUUCGUGACUGCAGGAAUUCAUAUUCUUUGCGUCUUUCGGUAAAGUCACGUAGAUAGGUUCAAAGAAAAUAACAAAACAAUUACAAAAAGCUGUGGUGUUACUCUACCGUGUGGGUGGACGUGGCGGUGCGAGAAGGGGGAAGACCGACACCUCUGGCUCAGCCAUUAUUAACUACACAUCUUGUGCUGUGUGUGCUGCCGAUAGUGUCGUGGAGAUAGACGCCCGCCCCCCGUCCCCGCUGGCGGGCGGGGCGCGACAUCCGCCCCCUACACUCCCUCCUCCCCCUCGUU